AUGGCUGAAGAUGUGAAAGGUAUCAUAGAUGAGCAUGAUCUACAAAAUGUUACACUGAUUGGGCACUCCAUGGGAGCUAAAAUAGCGCUCACCGUCGCACUGCAGUGCCCGGAAUCAGUUGGCAAUGUUAUUGCCAUUGAUAAUAUACCAAUUCACUUACCGCUAUCAGAUGAUUUCCAUCAAUAUAUCGAAGCUUUGAAGAGAGUUGAGCAGGCAAAAGUUACAACGCAUGCACAGGCGGACUUUAUCGUAAGGGAAUAUGAAAAGUCUUCAAUCAUCCGCUUCUUCCUCCUCACUAACCUUGUCUCAUCGCCCGAAAGCUCCUACCUUAGAUUUCGCAUUCCUUUAGAUGUAUUAUCUACAGCGCUUGGUCCCCUUGAAGAUUUCCCGUUUGCAGCUGAGGAGGGAAUAAAUUUCAACAAACCUGUCUUGUUUAUCCGGGCCACUCAAAGUCAUUAUAUUCCGCACUCUGCACUGCCGCAAAUUCGACUAUUCUUCCCAAAUGCGAGCUUAGUAGAGAUGGACUGCGGACACUGGGUUAUACAAGAAAAGCCAGAGCAGUUUGCACAAUGUAAGAUUGACAUCACGCAUCUACGUGCCUAUAUAUAA